CACACGGCUGAGAGAAAGCGCGCGCGCUCCCGCGCUCCUGUGCUCCGAAGGCGCGCGUGUCGGUUCGAGCGAGAGGGCAGUGCUGUGCUCCGUCUCCAGCGCACUAAAUGAUUGUCUUCCCACCACAAUAUGUCACGUCUCAGCUUUUAGCGUUUAAUGGGGGCAAUGGAAAGGUUUACGCGCAGCCAGCAUGGAGAAGCGGAGAGGAUGCACUGAACUCGUGGGAAAGGGAAACUUGAACGUUUGUGUGUCUGAAAAAGAUCAUUAAGUGAGUGCAUGUAGGUGUAGGCGUUUUUACAGCUCAUCCUCACCUACAGUGGGAUUACAAACCGAAAUCCGAUUAGACUUGAUCAAGCAAAUACAUACAUCCAGUUACACCCCAUACCAGGAUUAUGGAAUUUCAUUGAGUCUGAUAUUAACGGUGUGUUUGGAUAUGGAUUCGGUGAAAGAGCGAGUUUUAGCCCCCGGGAAGGCGGGACUGAAGAAUCUGGCGGGGAAAACCUUGGCACAAAUGCAAAGAGUGAUUGAGAAGAAGCAGAAAACGGGUGAAGUGAUCGAGCUGACGGAAGAUGGCCGCCCCAAAGAGAUCCGAGAGAGGAAAGCGCCGCUGCUUGACUGCGCGUGCUUCGGGCUGCCUCGCCGUUACAUCAUUGCCAUCAUGAGCGGCCUGGGCUUCUGCAUUUCCUUCGGAAUCCGCUGCAACCUCGGGGUUGCGAUCGUGGGCAUGGUCAACAACAGCACUGUACUCCAGGGCGGCAAGAUCAUCAUCAAAGAGAAAGCGAAGUUUAAUUGGGAUCCGGAGACGGUGGGGAUGAUCCACGGCUCGUUCUUCUGGGGUUACAUCGUAACACAGAUCCCGGGAGGGUACAUCUCCUCCAGACUGGCAGCAAAUAGGGUGUUCGGAGCCGCCAUCCUGCUGACGUCAACACUCAACAUGUUUAUUCCGUCGGCGGCGCGCGUGCACUACGGCUGCGUUAUAUUUGUGAGGAUAUUACAGGGCCUGGUGGAGGGUGUGACCUAUCCAGCAUGCCAUGGUAUCUGGAGCAAGUGGGCUCCGCCGUUAGAGAGAAGUCGCUUGGCAACCACAUCUUUUUGUGGUUCCUAUGCUGGUGCUGUGGUAGCCAUGCCUCUGGCUGGAAUUCUUGUGCAGUAUUCAGGCUGGUCAUCGGUCUUCUAUAUUUAUGGGAGUUUUGGUAUUGUCUGGUAUGUCUUCUGGGUCCUGGUGGCUUAUGAGAGUCCAGCAGAACACCCCACUAUUACAGAUGAAGAGCGGCUUUACAUAGAGGAGAGCAUUGGUGAAGGGACUAAACUGCUUGGGGCAACUGAAAAAUUUAAGACACCCUGGAGGAAAUUCUUCACUUCGAUGCCUGUCUAUGCAAUAAUUGUGGCCAACUUCUGCAGGAGCUGGACCUUCUACCUCCUGCUCAUUAGCCAGCCGGCAUACUUCGAGGAGGUGUUUGGUUUUGCGAUCAGUAAAGUUGGCAUGCUGUCUGCUCUGCCUCACUUGGUCAUGACUAUCAUAGUGCCCAUAGGAGGCCAACUUGCUGACUUUCUACGCAGCAAUAACAUCAUGUCCACCACAAAUGUCCGGAAGAUAAUGAAUUGUGGAGGAUUUGGGAUGGAGGCAACACUGUUGUUGGUAGUUGGUUACUCCCACAGUAAAGGUGUAGCCAUCUCAUUUCUAGUACUAGCAGUGGGUUUCAGUGGCUUUGCCAUAUCAGGUUUUAAUGUGAACCACCUGGACAUUGCGCCCAGGUAUGCCAGCAUACUGAUGGGCAUCUCCAAUGGAGUCGGCACACUUUCUGGAAUGGUCUGCCCUCUUAUAGUGGGUGCCAUGACCAAAAACAAGACACGGGAAGAAUGGCAAAACGUAUUCCUGAUUGCCUCCAUGGUCCAUUAUGGUGGUGUGGUGUUCUACGGGAUCUUUGCAUCAGGUGAGCAGCAGCCAUGGGCGGAUCCAGAGGAAACCAGCGAGGAGAAAUGCGGUUUCAUUGAUGAAGAUGAGCUUGCUGAAGAGACCGGUGACAUUACACUUAGUCAUGUUCCAUUCGGAGCCCAGGGAGCCUUUGGGGCUCCCCCGAAAUCAUACGGGGCCACAACUCAGCUGAAUGGGGGAUGGGCAGGAGGCUGGGAGAAAAGAGAGGAGUUCAUCCAGGAGGGAGCUGUGCAGGUCUAUCCUCAGCAUGCAGAUGGAUACUCAUAGGACACAGGGGCUGGUUACAUGAAGGAAGAAGGUCAUUACUGUUGUAAAACCCUAAAAGAAUUGAAAGAUUGUGGUGACUGGACUAAAAUGUACCAGCAUUUUAUAAAUGUAUCUGCAGCACUGCUUCAGAUAAUAAAGCAUGGUUUGUCCAGACAAAUUCCAGAUUAGUACAAG